CCGUAAGACUGGUCACCGUUAUGUAGCAGUUCACUUACACCCAAAGUACCCCACUUAAGGCUGAGCUAGAAGGGGUACUGACGUUGAGUCUACAGCGGUACGGUACUUGCAGCUGCUCCAAAUUACAAAACAGCCUUACUUCAUGUUUCCAUAGCGCAGCUCUGUCUCGACCUCACCUGCAUACCUCUUACCUCUUACCUCUUGCAUUGGAAUAAUCCACGACCCGAGCCACAAACACCGUGGCUGCUUUUUAUUGCGAAAAAGUCAUACUACCUAGUAAUUCAUCAUCGGGUUUUCUUCCUAUAUGACACAUUCUUCCCUACCAGCUCCUCUCGGCUAUAGCUAAAGCUGUAUUCAUCGACGGGUAUACCGCGCAAGCACGAACACACAAUCAUUUAAUUCCCGAUCGCCACCAUGGCCCCGACUCCGGCGAAAUACGUUCUCUUGUCGCUACCCCUGAGUACCUUCGACACAGGCGACCAGCAAGAAGCUCUCAACUCUCUCAAGACCACUAUCACGCCCGAGAAUGGAACCGUCGUGCCUUUCCCCGUCCCCAACUUUAAGAUAGGAACCUUGGACGCCUUGAUACAGCAAGCUGACGACCUGGGAAAGCUUAAUACGGCCUGCGAGGGAGUGGUCAGCAAAGUUGGCGACUCCUUGCGAUCCUUAUACGAAGGCAACGAGGAUAAGGCUGCUGAACAAAAGAUGGUUAACGAUAAGCCGACUGAUCAGUAUCUUCGCACUUUUACUUGGAACAAAGUCCGCUACCGAGCCGACAGGCCUGUAGGCGAAAUCGUUGAUAUCCUCCAAAAGGAAUUGGCUACAAUCGACAAUGAUGUCAAAGGCAAAUUCAACCAAUACAACCAAAUCAAGACGAACCUCGCUUCUCUGCAAAGAAAACAAACGGGCAACCUCGCAACCAAGUCUCUCACACCGAUAGUCGACCCGUCUCUGCUGGUGCAAGACUCGGAAUACCUCGAAACGCACCUCGUCGCUGUCCCCUCCAAUCUGAAGAAGGAGUUCCUUAAGAGCUACGAGACCAUAUCACCCAUGGUAGUGCCCCGGUCGUCCGUACAGGUUGCGCAAGACGAUGAAUUUAUCUUGUUCGCCGUCACCACGUUUAAGAAGCACAGUGCCGAGUUCCAACAGAAGUGUCGAGAGCAGAAGUGGACGCCCCGCCAGUACAAACAUGUCGAGGGAGGCAAAGAAGCAGAGCAAAGAGAAAUAGAUCGCGUCACUCGCGAAGAAAAGAAGGUCUGGGGCGAGGCUCUACGAUUGGCCCGCACGGGAUGGAGUGAAAGUGUUAUGAUAUGGGCGCACAUCAUGGCCCUCCGCGUCUUCGUAGAGUCGGUGUUGCGCUACGGCUUACCGCUAGAAUUCGUAUCGGUUCUUGUACUGACAAACGCGAAGUUAGUAAAGAAGGUGAAGACGGCGCUAGACUCGUCGUAUUCGUACCUGGGUGGAAGUGCGUUAGGACGAGACAAGCGAGGGAGGGUGACAAAAGAUGACGCGGCGUUAACGUCGGAGAUCGCGGCGGCGGGCUUGGGGCACGCAGGGGAAGAAAACGAGUAUACAGCAUACGUAUAUUACGAGUUCGAAGUAUAGACAGCAUGCAAGCAGCUAAUUUAUCAGGUUGGCGUUUUCGCGGGCGGACCCAUAUCAUGACUAGCAUUUUCCCGAAUAAGGGACUUUGGUUGUCACAUGGCAACAAUGGGACUAUUCUGUAUAUUUCUUCAGAAGGGUUGAUAUUUAUUGCUCUA